GAAUUUUUGGAGUUAUUAUGAAGAAUAAGCUUUUUCUUUUAAAAAUAUGUAUUAUAAUAUUGGAUAAUAAAGUUCUAUCAUAUGUCUCAUAAAAAAUUAAUUUAAAAAUUUCAAGAAAAACGUCAUCAUGUCGGAAUGAGAUUGCCGUUAUUAUAUAUAAAAGUGAAACCCAGAUUGAUAAAACCACCUAAAGAUUUAUCAUCAAGAAUUUUACUUAUUCGUCAAAAAUAUCUUAUGAAAAGUAAAAACUAUCAGACGAGAAAUAUUUUAAAAUUGCCGUCUUCAAAAUCUCCAGUUAUUAUUAAAAAUCCAAAACUAAAUAACCUGUCAACACUUUCAAAAGACACUUCAGUAUCAUUAGCAAAUAAUAAAACACAUAAGAAGAUUCCUUUUUUAAAAACUUAUUAUGAAGAAUAUUUUUGUGAUUUGUGUAAUUAUAAAAACAAGAGAAAAGCAGCUCUGGCAGUGCAUGUAGCAAGAAAACAUAUUCAUAAUGCAGAAAAAAAGGAAGUUGAACAUAUAUGUAGAUUAUGUGAUAUUACUUUUCGAUGUAAGCCAUCAUUACAAACACAUUGGAUUCGUAAGCAUACAGAAAAAUUCAAUUUUUUCUGUCCAAAGUGUGGAAAAAAGUUUAAAAUCAAAGGAGAAUUAACGACUCAUUUGAGAAGAAUGCAUUCAGAUGUUUCCUGGAAAUGUGAAGUGUGUGGCAACUUUUAUCGAAGCCAGCAUGCUCUUUACACUCAUCAAAAAGCUUAUCACUUUAAACCUGAUUUUCAAUGUCCUUAUUGUCCCAAGUGUUUGGUUACUCAGGAAAACCUAAAUCAGCAUAUUCGAUUAAGACAUGAGAAAAAAGAUAGAGCAAUGUGUGAAGAAUGUGGAAAAACAUUUAAUGAAAUGUGGGACCUUCGAAAACAUCAGAGAGUUCAUACGGGUGAAAAACCAUUUCCGUGUUCAGUUUGUAAUCGAAGAUUUUCUCGUCUCGCUAUCCUCAAUCAACAUCUCCUUAUUCAUACAGGUGUGAGGGUAUAUUCGUGUGAUGUAUGCAACAGGUCAUUUACACAGAAAUCAGGACUUAUCAGUCACAGGAAGAAACAUAGUGGCAAUUUACCACCCUUGCCUGUAGUUUAUGUUCAAGAUAUCAUUAAACCGUUUAAGGAAUCUCAAACUGUGCUUUAAACUUGAUUUAGCUUUACUUUCAUUGUUGAAUACUAAAAAAUAACAUUUUUCAUAUUUGUUUUAAAGAAAAUUGUUUUGAAUAAUUUUAUAUAUUAUAUAAUAAAGAUUGUUAUUUAAUGUCAUUUCAGUAUCACUAAUCAUUUGUUUUAUGUUGUAGCAUAGACUACUAUCCUGAGUCGACGAAAAGUAUGAUCUCAGUUUGUAUAAAUAAAGUUGUGAUAUUUAGAACAAAAAACGAAUAAAGAAAAUAAUGAUA